UCUCAUCGGAACCUUCCGUCUCCAAACUGUCACUGCUGGAUAAAUCAGAGAGAGCAGCUCCCACUCCAUUUAAGCCCCCUCCAACUCUUGAAAACACUUUCUCUGGAAUGGCACCCUGCAAUAACGCCUCUGCCUGUUGACAGCCUCAAGCUGUGUUUCCUCUGGAACCCAGGAUGUGAAAGUUGAUACAGAACAAUGGCAGUGACAACCAGAUUGACAUGGAAAGAGGAAAGGAGUCUGCAAAACCUGCUUGGAAACGUUUCCCUGGGACUUCUUUAUAAGUCUAGUGUCCAUGGAAAUAGCACUGAAAAGAUGCUUGAUAAGUGUGUUCAUCAGGGACCCACUAUAACAGUGAUUUACUUUCGUAACUAUAUUGUUGGGGCCUUCAUGCUUGGGCAUUUUCCUGUCAUGCACCAAGAUUUUAGAAAGCCAAGUGCUUCCUUCUAUUUUUCCUUUCAAAAGAAUGAAUCAACUAAAAUGACAACUGCAUUUUUAAGUACAGCACUGAAAAUUACUGAUGAACGACUGACAUUUUAUUCCUCUGAUGAUGCGAUUUUCUGUGUAAUUCCAAGCAAGUCCAUACUUUGUAUGCAUACUUUGUUAAGGAAAAAAUUAGAAUUAAAUUUAUCCUCUCGCUUGAUAUAUUCGGGAUGGGAAGUUUUUCGAGUUGAAGGAAUUAAGGAUGAUGCAGGCUACAUACGCAAGAUAACGAGAGCCACACAGCACAGAAAUGGGCUGCUAGCAGAGCUCAGAGCCUACAAACCCUGUGCAGGCUUGGUUUCAGAAAUUCGUAUUCUCUUGCUGGGUCCAGUUGGGUCUGGAAAGUCCAGUUUUUUCAAUUCAGUGAAGUCUGUUUUCCAAGGCCACGUGACUCGCCAAGCCACAGUGGGGUCUGAUGACACCAGCAUUACUGAACUGUACAGGAUAUAUUCUCUUAAAGAUGGAAAAGAUGGCAACUCUCUGCCAUUUGUGUUGUGUGAUUCCAUGGGGCUGGAUGAGGAAGAGGGGGUAGGAUUGUGCAUGGAUGACAUCCCCUACAUCUUAAAAGGCUGCGUACCAGACAGAUACCAGUUUAGUCCCCAUAAACCAAUUACACCCAGGCAUCCUGCUUUCAUCACCUCUCCAUCACUGAAGGACAGAAUUCACUGUGUGGCUUAUGUCUUAGAUAUCAACUCUGUCAACAAUCUCUCCUCUAAAAUGGUGGCGAAGUUCAAACAAAUUCACAAAGAAGUAUUAAACUUCGGUAUAGCAUAUGUAGCCUUGCUUACUAAAGUGAAUAAUUAUGAUGAAGUUCUUCAAGAUGACUUUUUAAACAUGAAUCAAUCUACAACUUCUCAAAGCCAGAUAAUGAAUGUCAACAAAAUGCUAAACAUUCCUAUUUCUAAUAUUUUGAUGGUUGAAAAUUAUGCUUCAGAGUGCCAGCUGAACCCAUUAAAGGACAUUCUGAUCCUCUCUGUGCUGAGGCAGAUGUUACGGGCUGCAGAUGACUUCUUAGAGGAUUUGCCUCUUGAGAAAACAGAUGAAAUCGCAUGAAAGUUCCAACUCUGCAUAUGACAUCAAUUGCCUUGAUUCCAACGCUUGGACCAAACCAGGAUUGGCACACCCAGUUAGAGAUGAUCUCUGCUGACAGCCUCCUUGAGACUCUGCUUUCAUUCCUGUUUUGCCUUCUGUCCCUGACAGCAUCUAACUGAUGGUUCCUUCUAGGAUCAGUCAUACCUCAAGCCCAAAGGCCAACCCUAAGUAGUGGUGGUUCAAGAUAUGCCCUACCACAAACCACUUUCCAUAUUUCUGCACCAUUUACAAUUUAGUUUCUGUGACACCUUUCUAAACCUCCCUAGCAAAAUCAACUAUUCCCUUACUUAUUCUUCUAUAGCACUUUAUGUAAAACUCUAUGUGAGUACUAACAACAUUGAAUAAGAUUAUAAAAUGAUAUAUAGAUAUCAGAUUCUCUAGAUAGAUUGUGAGUUCUUUGAGAAGCAGGGUUUGGAUUUUACUUAUCUUUGUAUUCACAGACGUUAGCACAGCACCUGGCAGGAAGCAAGCAUACCUACCAUUAAGCAUCCCUCCCACCCUCCCCAGAAUGAUAACACGUACUUAAAAUUUGUCUUCUUAUAGAAAGGAAGACUGAGAGAGAAUGGAAUGCUGGAGAGAAGAAAUGGAAAUAAAGGAGAGAAUGUUUCACUUAUCUCUGGAUGAAAAUACAAAUUUGAGUCAAUUAAAAAGAGCUAAUACUUCUUAAUAACUUACACUUUAUUUUGCGAGAAAAUACAGUUUCUUCCUCUAAUGAAUCCAUGCCUGAUUUUCAUUAAUUGAAUUCCAAACCAUCCUAGCCAUGUCUCCAAAGUAGAGUGAUCAAAUGGGUUACUAGUGCAAGUCAAUAAGACACAUUGUAUGAAAGUUCUCCCCAAUGAUUCUAAAGUCCUCUGGGUAGCUGUCAAAGUUAAGACUAUUAAUAAAGAAAAAAGGAAUCCCAGAAGAUAGUUUUCAGGUUUUUUUUUUCCCUAAAGCCUUUUUAAUUUUCUUCUCCAGAUUUCUUAGUCUUUUUCAAUGAAUAUGCGUUGGUUCAAUAGUUAUCUGCAUUACAACAGUUUAAUUUAUUUUUAAUCAAAAUUAUUGUCUUCUUUGGGAAGUCCUGGGAAUUACAAGGGCAAGAAUAUCUUAGGAAUAGUUAUGGAAAAAGGAAUAUUUCCUAAAGCAAAGUUGCAGGUGAAGCUGUGCUCAAAUGAAUGUUCAGGAGCCAUGAUUCAAUGGAAGAGAUGGGUGGGAUCUUUGAAAAAGACCUAGGAAUAGAAUGGUCAUAGGUAUCGAGGAGAAGAGCCAAAAGUAGACAUUGAGAACAAAAGCAGAGUGGCAGGCAGAAUGGUUAUGGUAUGGAUGUAGGGAGCAACAGGUCCCAAAAGUAAAGUGUGUUGAUCUCCAUGUAAUCCAGGGAGAAUACAAGCCACAACCCUUGUUGCUUGGGAGAGACUAAAGGUGACUGAAGACCCAUCAUUGUCCUCACCUACUACAGGGCCAUAACUCAUCCAUCUCCAGGAUGGAGCCAGCAAAAACCUGGGCAGAGGGAGGGUUUGCUAGAUGCAAAGUUAGAUUCAAGGUGGAGCGUCUAUACUCUAUUUGAAAGGGGUAGCAUGGAGCACACUUAUGAAGGAGAUGGAGACCCUGAAAGAAAGAAGAGGAGUAAUAGAGAGAUCAAGAGAGAGAAACAAUGAGGGGCUGUUCAGGUGAACCAACUUUGUUAGAGAGCAUAAGUAUUGAGGCUAAAUUCCCCCUUUUGUACUAAAAAGGACGGUAUUAGAUAAAUGAUGUCACAACUCCUAAUCUUCUGGCUCUAUACUACGUUGGGAACACUUAAAUAUCCAAUAGAGUUAAAGGUAUAUUUGGAAUCUAGGUUGGAAAAGAUUGGUGAGAAGGACCUCAAAAAGUGAGAAACUUUUCUUUCACCGGAGAGAUGACCUUCCCUGAAUUUGUGGGUUCCACUGAUCUUUCUCUACCAUCCUGAGAGUGGGACUUAGCACUUUGUCACAUUUUAGAGGCCAUCCAGGAUUUUUUUAAACUUUACAUAAUUUACAACUGAGCUAGAUGUACAGUCCAGCCAAAGUCAUUAAAAUAUUUCUUAGCAAAAUAGUGCUAAGGGACUUAGUGGAUGAAACUUAAGUGUUGUGGGAGGUAGAAUAUCAUCGUAAAGUGGGAGGGAUGUUGUAGAGAUAGAUUAAGUAUCAAUGCUAGAGCCUUUGCAAGGUGAGUGAGUGGGUUGAGUUGUGCAUUAAAAAAUGACCGUUCUUCAACCUAAGUGCCCAUCAGCAGAUGAAUGGAUAAAGAAAAUGUGGUGUGUAUAUAUAUGUAUGUAUAUAUA